UACUACUAUUACUACUAGUACUACUACUACUACUAGUAAUACUACUACUACUUCUAGUACUACAAUUAAUACUAGUACUACUACUACUACUACAACUACUACUAGUACUACUACUACUAGUACUAGUACUACUAGUACUAAUACUACUACUAUUACUAAUAGUACUACUAAUACUACUAGUACUACUACUAAUACUAGUACUACUACUACUAGUACUACUACUACUACUACUAGUACUACUACUACUACUACUAGUACUACUACUACUACUACUAGUACUACUACUACUACUAGUACUACUAAUACUAGUACUAAUAAUACUACUACUACUACUAGUACUACUACAACUACUACUACUAGUACUACUACUACUACUACUAGUACUACUACUAGUACUAUGAGUACUACUACCACUACUACCAGUACUAAUAACACGACUACUACUACUAGUACAACUACUAGUACUACUAGUAAUACUACUACUACUACUAGUAAUACUACUAUACUACUACUACUAUAUACUACUACUAAUAAAAGUACUACUACUACUACUGCUACUUCUACUACUACUACUAGUACUACUAUUACUACUAGUACUACUACUAAUACUACUACUAGUACUACUACUAGUACUACUACUACUCCUAUUACUACUACUACUAUUCCUACCAAUACUAAUACUACUACUAAUAGUACUAAUAUUAUUACUAGUAUUACUAACACUACUACUACUACUAGUACUCCUAAUAAUAGUACUAAUAGUACUACUAAUAAUACUACUACUACUACUAGUACUCCUCCUACUACUACUACUAGUACUACUACUAAUACUACUACGACUAUUAGUACUACUACUACUAGUACUACUUCCACUAGUACUACUACUACUACUAGUACUAAUACUACUACUACUACUACCAGUACUACUACUAGUACUACUACUACUACUAGUACUACUAGUACUACUACUAGUACUACUACUAGUACUACUACUAGUACUAUUAAUAUUACUACUACUACUACUAGUAGUACUAAUACUAAUACUACUACUGCCACUACUACUACUAGUACUACUACUACUAGUACUACUACUACUACUAGUAUUAAUAAUACUGCUACUACUAAUACUACUACUAAUAGUACUAUUACUAAUACUAGUACUACUACUACUAAUACUACUACUCUACUACUA